CUCGCCCUCUUCACUCGCUAAGAAAGUUUAGAGAGAGAGAGACACAGUUGGGAAAACAGAGAGAGCGAGCAGACGGAAAAUACUAAUUGUAACACUGGUGUGAAAGAUGUCGAAGGAAGUGAGCGAAGAGGGGCAUAGCCACCACCAUGGCAAAGACUACGUCGACCCUCCACCCGCACCUCUCAUUGACAUGGCAGAACUCAAGCUCUGGUCUUUCUACCGAUCACUCAUCGCCGAGUUCAUCGCAACCCUCCUCUUCCUCUACAUCACCGUAGCCACCGUCAUCGGCUAUAAGAAGUCCGAUCCCUGUAACAGCGUCGGCCUUCUCGGUGUGGCUUGGGCUUUUGGAGGCAUGAUCUUCGUCCUUGUCUACUGCACCGCCGGUAUCUCUGGUGGUCAUAUCAACCCGGCUGUGACGUUCGGGUUGUUCUUGGCCAGGAAGGUGUCGCUGAUACGGGCUGUGGCGUACAUGGUGGCACAGUGCUUGGGAGCCAUUUGUGGUGUUGGUUUGGUUAAGGCUUUCAUGAAGCACGACUACAACACGCAAGGUGGCGGAGCCAACUCAGUGGCUCCUGGGUACAGCGAGGGCACAGCUUUGGGUGCUGAGAUCAUUGGUACCUUUGUGCUGGUCUACACUGUUUUCUCUGCCACUGACCCGAAGAGGAGCGCACGUGACUCACACGUCCCUGUGUUGGCUCCACUGCCUAUUGGGUUUGCCGUGUUCAUGGUGCACUUGGCCACCAUCCCCAUCACCGGUACUGGUAUUAACCCAGCUAGGAGCUUUGGUGCUGCUGUUAUCUACGACCAUGAGAAAAUCUGGGAUGAACAUUGGAUAUUCUGGGUUGGUCCAUUUGUGGGAGCACUGGCCGCAGCAGCAUACCACCAGUACAUCCUGAGAGCAGCUGCUAUCAAAGCUUUGGGAUCCUUCCGCAGCAACCCCUCCAACUAAAAAGAGAUGAAAAGCAGAAUCCCCACCUUGAAACGAAACGUUUACUUUUUUUUAUUUUUUGUCUCAUUUCUCUCUCGCCGCCUACCUGUUUUGUUUGCGUGCAUUCGAGGAUGUUAGUGAGGGUGACCUUUCUCUUGCUCUUGUUUUAUUUAUAACUUGAAUAUUUUGUUGUUAGCAUUGUUAAUGGGUGUGUAUUAUAUUUAUUCAUGGGUACUGCUGCUGCUUUUAUAGUC